AUGAGCAACUUUUCUUUCCGUGGUAUUCUUGAAGGACAUACUGGCUGGGUUACUGCCAUCGUUACUUCUUCCGAAGUUCCUGACAUGGUCAUUUCUGCCUCUCGUGAUAAGUCUAUCAUUGUUUGGAAUAUUACAAGGGAUGAAAUUAACUACGGUGUUCCUCGUAAAAGCUUAAUUGGUCACAACCAUAUUGUUUCUGAUUUGGCAGUUUCGUCCGAUGGACAAUUUGCUUUAUCCGCUUCAUGGGAUCAUACUUUACGUCUUUGGGAUUUAUCAACUGGUAAGACUACACGUCGUUUCGUGGGUCAUACAAAGGAUGUUUUGUCCGUUGCUUUUUCUGCUGACAACCGUCAAAUUGUUUCUGGUUCGCGUGAUAAGACCAUCAAGUUAUGGAACACACUUGGUGAAUGUAAAUACGAUAUCACUCAGGAUAACCAUUCCGAUUGGGUUUCAUGUGUUCGUUUCUCUCCUAAUCCUGCUGAUCCUUUGAUCGUUUCUGCUGGCUGGGAUAAACUUGUCAAGGUUUGGGAUUUAGCAAAGAUGAAGUUACGCACUAAUUUCAUUGGUCACAAUGGUUAUGUGAAUACCGUCACCAUUUCUCCUGAUGGCUCUCUUUGUGCUUCUGCUGGUAAGGACGGUCAAGUCAUGUUAUGGGAUUUGAACGAAGCCAAGCAUCUUUACUCUCUUGAUGCUGGUAAGGAAGUACAUGCCUUAACUUUCUCUCCUAAUCGCUACUGGCUUUGUGCUGCUGUCGGUUCUUCCGUCAAAAUUUGGGAUCUUGAAAACAAAACUCUUUUGGAUGUUCUUACACCUGAAUUCGUCAAGCUCUCUCAAAAGCAAGUCGAUCCUGACUGUCUUUCUCUUGCUUGGUCUGCUGAUGGUACCACUCUUUACUCUGGCCAUUCUGAUCAUCUUAUCCGUAUCUGGCAAAUUGUUCGUACUUUGUAA